UCGAAUCAGUCGAAUUUCCGCAAGGAGUGUGGUGUGGGUGCACUGGUGCGCUGCCGAAAGGCUUGACCGUCCUUUUUUGUUAUUUUUUUGAUAUUUGUUCAUUGUUCCGGAAAACGGUUCGUCGUGUCUAGCUACAUCGCUAACGUAACGGCCGCCUGCGAUCGACAAUUUCGUGUAAACGAGUGCAGUGCGAUCGUGUCAAUGGCGCUGAAGUUUCAGUAACCAACCAACUCGGGACAUAUUUCGAGCGGAUUCGAAUAGUUUCAAUGAAGGCGGAGAACAGUUGAUCGACAGAAAGUGCAUACCUAGUUGAGAAACAGCUGACGGUCUGGAAACGAUACAAAGUGUCCCAGUUCAUCUUCCUAAUUUGAUUUUAAUAUCCCAAGAUCCUGCGUGUAGUACAUGGUGUCUUCCUGAUAGACAGGGUACGUCCACAUCAAGUGCGAUCACUUGGUUCAUUUUGACCGAAAGGGCGAAAAUCUUCUAGUGGUGUCUUUCGCAACAGAUCCUGAUAAAACCAUGGAGCGUGAAUCAAACCCCAUGCAGGCGCUGUGUCGCUCCGGAUGUGGUUUCUACGGAAGUCCAGCAACAGAUGGACUCUGCUCGCUGUGUUUCAAGGAAAAUCUGAAGAAGAAGCAACAACUUCCCACAGCCCCCUCUAGUCUGAGUGCUCUUAGAGACACGACUAUGGCUCAGCCCACAUUUGGACAUCUUCAACCCUCGCCCGUUACAGAUCUUUCCACAAAAACGUCAGAAGAGUCCUCGAACCAGAGUCCCGCGCAAUCGUCGGCGGCGGCCGACAGCGCAGCCGCAGAAUCGAUCGCGGCGGAGGCAGCUGCAGCCGUCGCCGCAUCCGCCGAUUCAGACGCGGGUAGCGAAGAUAAAGAUGGAGAAAAGGACUCCAAGAAGAAGAAGAACCGAUGCCAUAAUUGCCGCAAGAAGGUGGGCUUGACAGGAUUCCAGUGCCGUUGCGGGAACCUGUUUUGUGCGAUCCACCGGUACAGUGACAAACACGACUGCAGCUUCAACUACCGGGAGAUGGGCGCCCAGGAGAUUCGACGCAACAACCCGGUUGUUGUGGGCGAAAAGAUUCAGAAGAUAUGAGCCCCGCCACAGCGUUAGGGCACGCCACACGCCCCCUACUCGCCGAUAGUGACGCAAAAGGACGCUUUGAAAAAUCGGCGCGUGUGAACUAGUGUGCAAAUAUGAAACUGAACAAUAUGAUUGAAAUUUUGGAUAGAAUACAUAUUAUAAAAUAUGAUACUGUGGUACUCUAAUUUUCAAUUGCCACUCAUUUGUCGUCUUUAGUUUUAUUCAAUUUAUUAAAAUUACUAGGUAUAUACAUUCAUAUAAAUACGAUGUCCUUUUUAGCUUCUUUGUUGGUUGUAUAUAUAAAUAUGAAGAAAAAAGUAAACGUUUGGGUCCGCUCAUCAACGUUUUUUGGGUUUGUAGACUUUUCUUUGAGUUUCCCAAAACCGGGAAACGUUUUGAGCGACUGGCCCUUGUUUUGCAAUCCUAAUCCAAUAUUAAUGUAGAUUUUGUUUUGUUAUGCCUUUUCCGGCCCUAGACGGAGCGUUUUGUUUUUGAUAUUGGUGGUUGCCUGAGGAUGAAAAUUUAGAGGGAAAAAAUGUUGCAAUUUAGUUUUUCUUUGAGAAAUGUAUUCUUAUGUACAAACAUGGGUGGGAAUCGAUGAGGGUGGUCGACUUUACAGGGCAUGCAGUGCAAUUGCAAGAUAGGGAAAAAUAGUGCUGAUGUAUUUUUUUGAUAUCUGAAUUUGAAAAGUCAAGUGACACUCCUGUCAUAUAUCAAUGCCCUCUUUAUAUUAAAUUCAGUUGUAUGUAAUUGAAGUAUAUCACUCAAAUUAUU